ACCGGGAGACAGCGACGCGCCCGGGAAGCGAAGCGCGCCGGGCGAGGAAGAGGGAAGCCUCCUAUGUAGCGCUAGUCCAGGUCCCCAAGGUCGCCGGGCAGCCGAGCGCGCCUGGGAGGAAGUGCGGAAGCCGGAUCCAGGAUGUCGUGUUGAAUCCCCAAGGAUGUGGGCAUGGUGCUGGGAUCUCUGACCUCAAGAGAGCAGAAGGUCUGGAGCCCCAGCUCAGAGUGCUCAAGCCCUGGAGACCCCCAGACACCACUCACCAACAAGCUCUGCCAUGGCAGCCCAAAAUGGAAAUGCUAGUUUUGCCAGCAACUUCAAUCCACCCCAAGACCACGCCUCCUCCCUCUCCUUCAACUUCAGUUACGGCGAUUACGAGCUCCCUCUGGAUGAGGAUGAGGAUAUGACCACGACUCAGACCUUCUUCGCAGCCAAGAUCGUAAUUGGAGUGGCACUGGUGGGCAUCAUGCUGAUUUGUGGCAUUGGCAACUUCGUCUUUAUUGUUGCUCUUGCCCGCUACAAGAAGCUGCGCAACCUCACCAACCUGCUCAUCGCUAACCUGGCCAUCUCUGACUUCCUGGUGGCCAUCGUCUGCUGCCCCUUCGAGAUGGACUACUACGUGGUGCGCCAGCUCUCCUGGGAGCAUGGCCACGUGCUCUGUGCCUCUGUCAACUACCUGCGUACCGUCUCGCUCUAUGUCUCCACCAAUGCCCUGCUGGCCAUCGCCAUUGACAGAUACCUUGCUAUCGUUCACCCCUUAAAACCACGGAUGAAUUAUCAAACAGCCUCCCUCCUGAUCGCUUUGGUCUGGAUGGUGUCCAUUCUCAUCGCCAUCCCAUCAGCCUACUUCGCGACAGAAACUGUCCUCUUUAUCGUCAAAAGCCAGGAAAAGAUCUUCUGCGGCCAGAUCUGGCCAGUGGACCAGCAGCUCUACUAUAAAUCCUACUUCCUCUUCAUCUUCGGCAUCGAGUUCCUGGGCCCCGUGGUCGCCAUGACCCUGUGCUACGCCAGGAUCUCCCGCGAACUCUGGUUCAAGGCGGUGCCUGGCUUCCAGACGGAGCAGAUCCGGAAGCGACUGCGGCGACGCCGGAAGACGGUCCUGGUGCUCAUGGGCAUCCUCUUGGCCUACGUGCUGUGCUGGGCGCCCUUCUACGGCUUCGCCAUCGUCCGUGACUUCUUCCCCACCGUGUUCGUGAAGGAGAAGCACUACCUCACAGCCUUCUACGUGGUCGAGUGCAUCGCCAUGAGCAACAGCAUGAUCAACACCGUGUGCUUCGUGACGGUCAAGAACAACACCGUCAACUGCUUCAAGAAGAUGCUGCUGCUCCACUGGCGGCCCUCCCACCGCGGGAGCAAGUCCAGCAUGGACCAUGACCUCAAAACCAGCAGUCUGCCAGCCACCGAAGAAGUGGAUUGUAUCAGACUGAAGUGAUGAUGGAAGAUCCAGAAGCCAGUACUUGGAGCGUAGUUCAGCAAUGAUCAAGUUCACAGGCUUCAUGGGGAAAGGGCAACUGUGUUCGCACUUCACUGCUCUCGAGGAGCUAGAUGCUUCUGGAGUCCUUAAGAUACAGUGAACCCAGACACAAACCACAGCAGGUGGCAUUUACUUAUAUCUAUUCAACACCUACUGUGUGCACAACCACACCAUUGAGAAUGGACAAGGACAACAAAACCUGACAUUUACUGGUUACCUACUGUGUGCAAAAAUAUUUAAAUAGCAAAAUGAAAAAGCAGAAGCCAUUGGAGUCACCAAGCUAUAUCCAGAUAUCUAGGUGGUCAGACAGAGGCCACAGAUGGUUAUAGCGGCCUCAUUAUUCCUCUUUUCUCGUUGUGUAUCUUGUCAGUUUAGGAAAGUCAAAAGGCUGCAGAAUACAGCACUUAGACACAAUGGAAGUCGAAGGAUAAGUUCAUGCCAUCGCAUUGAGCUUUCCCACCCAACUCUUGUCACAUCCCUAGAACGUUCUCUAGGAUUCUGACUGCCAGAAAAUAAUUUGCUCAUAACCAAGUCAUUGGUUAUCUAUAAUGGUGUGAUUUCAAAGGAAAGAACCAAAAAAGUCUCUUUUCCACUGAUGCUUGAAAGCUCAUCAUCCUUUUGGGUGAAGACAGAGGAUCCCGAAAUGAGAAACACAUCCAAUUCCUGAUACCUCAGUGUAAAGGAUUUCAGGAGCUCUAGGUCAGGAAGGAAGUGGACAAAGCAACAGUGGAGUUUGCCACUGUUAGUGAGCAUAAUCUCUGUGGCCAUUUGCUAAGAGCUGAACCACUUUUCUGGAACACACCCUCUUGUGCAAAGAUGAGGUCUACUUGGAACCCAAAGACCUGGGUUCAAGUCCUAACUCAUAUGACCUAGAUGUUUACUCUCUUAGUUUACUCAUCUCAGUUUUGUUCUGUGAAACAGGGACGAUGAAAAUAUCUUCUCUGCCUCCUUACAGUACUGUCGGGAAAGCCCACUGAGGUCAAAGUUUGUGAUAGUGCUUUUCAACUAUACAAGUGAUAAGACUGGAUAAGGGAUAUUGAACAAUUUGUUUGGACCCCCUCCACUGUGACUUAUUGUAGAGAAAUACUCCCACUUAUUCACCCUUAUUCUUUAGACCAGUGAUCCCUGAACUCUUCACAGGGUGGCCCAUCUACAUCAGGGCAAAAAAGAAACCCUAGUCCUGGGUUAUAAUCAGGAAGAUUCAACCUCAGCGUCUCAAUGACACACACACACACACACACACACACACACACACAUGCUGUCAAGACUUUUAGUAUCCCUCUAGUCAUAACCGUAUUGACAAUCUUCCCUGCAUGUUGAAAUUUCACUGUUGGACAAAAACACCAACAAUUAAAUAUACACACCCCAAACAGCACACCCCAAGGCUGCCUCAAUCUGUUUGUGUUAUCACAUAUCUCUGGUAACUGUGUAUACUUGUCCUUAUUUCUUCCUGAUUCUUGUUGAAAGAGACAAUGCACAGAGUAACUGAUUUGGGAUUGACCCAAAUGGCCCACAUUUGGACAAUUCCUGCUUUUCUGUAGAGAAGACAUUAUUUAGUUGUUUGCUUGUGUGUGAGUGUGUGUGUGCUUAAUCGUUGGCGUUUUUAAUCCAACAGUGAAAUUUCAAACAACGUUUUCCUCUAUCACCACUCAACAGACUCACCUUCAGCCCAGUCAUUGUAGUACUCUCAGAAAAUACAAACUCACUUUAACAUUAGCCUAAGCAAAAUUAUUUAUAAAUUCUGAUUUUACAAAAUUACCACAAAGCAUCCUAAAGCCAAACAAGCAAAUAUUUGGGGUUAUCUGAAUUUUCACAAAUAUAAUAACUGCAUUUUUUUAUGGCCGUACCCAUGGCAUAUGGAUGUUCCCAGGCCAGAAAUUGAGUCCAAGCCACAGCUGCUGGAUCCUCUAACCCACUGCAUAGGGCAGGGGAUUGGACCUGUUCCUCUAUGGAGACCUGAGCUGCAGUCGGAUCCUUAAUCCACUACACCACAGCAGGAACUCCUGGUAACUGCAUUUUUAUUUAUUACCCCUGUCCUGAUUCUCUUCCUAAUGAUUCUUAAGAGUGGACAGUUACCAAGUGUAUCCAUCACAGGAAUUUAGCCCCUUUUUCCUUUAUACUAAAAUGUACCAUCCUCCUUUCAUUUAUAUUUAACUGAAACACUUUUGUAAAUAUCAGUGUGAUGUGUGACUUUCCAGUGAAUUAAAUCAUUAUGUUGUUGUCAAAUGAAACAAUUAACAUUUGGAAUCUUAACCACACUGUUCAAGCAUUUUCCCCGCAAAUCUUCUACCUGUUAGUAUAUUUAGAUAUAAAUGAAGUAAUAGCUGUCUAGUUCAACCAUGAAAUAAAAAAGGAGGUUCUUGAAGGCAUUUUUAGAACAGUGGCAGCCUGUACCAGCAACCAGCCUCAUCUUGGUUACAUCCCUCAAGCUGAUAGCCCAGGAGGCAUAUACUCAUGCAUGCAAAUCAGAGUCACAAAUCCAUGCUCGUGUUGCUCCUUCAUUUUACUUUUUUUAUCGGAGUAUAGUUGACCUUCAAGGUAUGUUAGUUUCAGGUGUACAGCAAAGUAAAUCAAUUACACAUAUACAUAUAUCCAUUCCUUUUCAGAGUCUGUUCCCAUAUAGGCUAUUACGCAGUACUGAGGAGAUUUCUCCGUGCUAUCCAGUAGGUCCUUGUUUCCAUCUAUUUUAUAUAUAGUGCUGUGUAUAUGCCAAUCCCCACCUCCAAAUUGACACCUUCCCACCCAUUUCCCCUUUGGUAACCACAAGUUUGGUUUCAAAAUCUUUGAAUCUGUUUGUUUUGUAAGUUCUUUUGUAUCAUUUUUAUUAGAUUCCAUAUACUAGUGAUCUCACGGUAUUUGU